CUGACUGCCAGACACAUGCAAUAUCGCGUCAAAAGAGAUUCAAUACUACAUAUGUAAUUUCCAACUUGAACACAUGCAACGGAGCAAUAUCGUAAGAUGUGUUUCUGAAAAAAAACAGAAACAAAAACAGAAACAAAAACAAAAACAAAAACCAACCAUGAUCCCCCUUGUCUAUUGAUUUUGCUUGUUUUCAUAAAUAUUUGCCUAACAUUAUCACUAUUCAAUGAGUUGAGUACAUGUAAUUACUUGGUAAAAAGGCUACAACUCCAACUUAAUUACAAGGAAUUUCAAGGCUUGACUUCUAGUAUCCCAAUUAUAUCCUUCCGCUCCUUUCCAUCUAAUGGCGUCCCUAGUCACCGACUUCCUUGUCAACCCAGUCAUACGACAAGCACGCCGAUUCUCCCGAUCAUCGAAUAACCUACCCACUCCUAAAUCCGUCUCGCCCCCAGUUACAACUACUGAAUUUAAAGAGGGCCAGGACGACGCCAUUUCCGAAACUGAGGAGGAUUCCUAUCUAGACGAUGAGGUAGAUGAUAGCUUGUCAUCGACCCCUUCGUCACGAAGCUCCCUUCAUAUUACCGCACACCACGAUGCUACUGAUCCGGACCGGAGUGCUGGCCAGACUGAUUCCGUAACCCGGGCCAUCUUCCACAACCCCGACCUACCUAUUCACGAAAAUGAACUUCGAACCCCAAGCGGUCAAGCCGAGUCAACACCCACAAGUAACUCAAAUAUGGCGGCAGACAGGCAAUUGCCUGCUGCCACCCAUACUUCACCGAGGACCGAACGACGGAAGUCUCUACCUGAGGACGAUGGGAUGGGCACCCUGAGGAAGCGCAUAUUCGCCAUCCAGGCCCAAGACAUUGAGGCACCCGACAAAGCCCAUUUGAUGCACCAACUGUUGAUAGAAGGAUACACCCAGUCGAAACAGGUAGAUCCAGCAAAACGGCCACUUUCACCUUCCAGUCCCACGACCCUAGAGCUGCGGCGUGUCCAAGGCCCACUAGACUCCUUCAAGUUCUGGCAAAAUAUAACGGAAGGGACGGGAGCCCGCGAGGAGUUCGAUUUGACGCCCGAGGAUGUCCAACCCACCUUUGCGCUGUUGAGAAGUUUGUCGGAGGAUACUGGUGAAGAGGUAGAAGACCACGAAUACUCAGAUUAUCGUCCUUUUGGCUGCGAGCAUUACAGGCGGAAUGUGAAGCUUCAAUGCUCUACGUGUAAUCGAUGGUACACAUGCCGGUUUUGUCAUGACAAGGUGGAGAAUCACAAUUUGAUUCGAAAGGAUACCAAGAAUAUGCUAUGCAUGUUUUGCGCGACCGCUCAAAGAGCUUCCGAUGUUUGCGUGUCCUGCGGUGCCUCGGCUGCGAGGUAUUACUGCAAUAUAUGCAAACUGUGGAACGAUGAUCCCGACAAAUCUGUCUAUCAUUGCAAUGAUUGUGGUAUCUGCAGGAUUGGAAGAGGCAUUGGUAAAGAUUUCUUCCAUUGCAAGACAUGUUGCGCCUGUAUCGCAAUAGGUCAGGAGAAUGAUCACAAAUGCAUUGAAAGGUCAACAGAUUGUGACUGUCCUAUAUGCGGCGACUAUAUGUUUACGUCGCCCAAGGCCGUAUGCUUCAUGAAGUGCGGACACAGCAUUCAUCGGCAAUGUCUCGAUCAACAUAUGAAGGUUGCCUAUAAAUGCCCAAUUUGCAACAAAAGUCUUGCAAAUAUGGAGUUACAAUUUCGAAACCUGGAUAUCGCGAUUGAAACACAGCCUAUGCCGCCUGAAUUCCAGGAUACACGGGCCUUGGUCUUGUGCAAUGAUUGUUCAGCCAAAAGCUCAGUCAAAUAUCACUGGCUAGGUCUAAAAUGCGGCGUUUGUUCAUCUUAUAACACGGCACAACUUCAGAUAUUGGGUAUGGCGGACGAAGCGAUCGAAACCGACUUGCUUGGGCGGGAGGUGGAGUUACCAGACCUGGCUGCCUCGAGGGGGGCGGGUGUUGCUGCUGAGGUGCCGGUGGGUGAUAGUGCUCGGGUACGCGAUAUACGAAGGCGGCAUUCAUCUAAUAUCGCCCGAUCAACGAUCAAUCGAGCGUCCCUAGAGCCCAACUUUGCAGACAGGCUAGCACGCUCCGUAUCACCGCCUCUCAACGCAGCACUUGCUUGGAACCCACCGGCAGGCUACUCCGUGGCGGAGGCGGAGGACGAAGAUAGAGAAGACAUCAUAGGGUUUUGGAGUAGAGUCCCUCGUAGCAUAGCAUCUAACGAAGACGAGAAUGAGGACGCGUAUGCUUCAGAGGAUGAAGAAUCGGCGUCAUCUUCGGAAGAGGAAGAGGAUGACGAAGAGGACGAAGGAGAUGAGAUAGACGACUUUGAGCUGCUUGGUCAUCGCUAGACACAGGGAAUUAAACGCAGAUUAGCUAGGCUAGGAUUGAACAUAGGGACGGCGUUCGGGAAUAGCAUUCGAGCGUAUUAGGCAAUACCACCGGGGGUUUCUUUAUUUUGAAAGCAAGGCAAACAGGUCGGCACGCGGUACAUAUGUAGCGGGCAGUUGGCUGACGAUGCAAAAUUGGCAUAUGGGUGGGUAUAGAAUCGGUAUUCCAUUUCAAAAUACUUGGGCGCGUUAGAAACCUGGGAGAGAAUGAAUUGUCAUGAGAUAAAGGUAUAUAAGUCUUGCAGUGUUUCUUGUGGUAUGUGAUACUACAGCAUUUACGGACAACUG